CCCGCCACUCCUCAUUCCCUUUUCGUUUUAACUUCGGAUUGGCUGUCUGGUCUUCACUCCCUUCCCCCGCCUCCAAGUUCCGUGUUGUAGGCAUUUAACUGUGAAUUGUGGCACCAAUACAUUUUAAAUUCAGUUUGCCUCUAGGCUUCUUCUGCUCCUCUGCAAACUUUAUCCGCCCUACGGUCAUGUCUGAACGAGGCUCAUUCGACACCAACGUGGUGACUUUAACCCGGUUUGUGCUGGAAGAAGGGAGAAAAGCCAAGGGGACAGGGGAGCUCACGACCCUGCUCAACUCCAUAUGCACCGCCGUCAAAGCCAUCUCCACUGCUGUGAGGAAAGCUGGCAUCGCAAACUUGUAUGGAAUAGCUGGGAGCACCAAUAUAACUGGGGACCAAGUAAAAAAGCUUGACAUUCUCUCAAACAACCUGGUGAUCAACAUGAUCAAAUCCUCCUUCACUUCUUGCGUUCUGAUUUCAGAAGAGGAUGACAAGGCCAUCAUUGUAGAACAAGAUAGACGGGGUAAAUAUGUGGUGUGUUUUGAUCCUCUCGAUGGGUCUUCUAACAUCGACUGUCUGGCGUCCAUAGGAACCAUCUUCGCCAUCUAUAGAAAGAGUACAGAGGAGGAUCCUUGUGAGAACGACGCGCUGCAGCCAGGAAGAAACAUCGUUGCUGCUGGAUACGCUCUGUAUGGCAGUGCCACCAUGAUGGUGUUGUCCUCCGGCCAGGGAGUCAACUGCUUCAUGCUGGACCCGGCCAUAGGAGAGUUUAUCCUGGUGGACAGAGAUGUGAAGAUCAAGCCUAAAGGUAGUAUCUACAGUCUGAAUGAAGGAUACGCCCAGUACUUCCACCCAGCCGUCACUGAGUACCUGCAGAAGAAGAAGUUCCCCGAGGAUGGCAGCGCCCCAUAUGGUGCCCGUUAUGUGGGCUCCAUGGUGGCCGACGUCCACAGGACCCUGGUCUACGGAGGAAUCUUCCUCUACCCGGCUAAUACCAAGAGCCCUGAAGGAAAGCUGCGUCUUCUGUAUGAGUGCAACCCCAUGGCGUUUAUCAUCGAACAGGCUGGUGGCAUGGCAACCACAGGAAGUCAGAACGUCCUGGAUAUCCAGCCAAUCACCAUUCACCAGCGAGUUCCUGUGGUGCUGGGAUCACCUGAAGACGUCCAGGAAUACCUUCAGAUAUACCACAGACACCAGGGCAACAAGGCCAACUGACGGAACACACAAACACUCCUAAUCACCAAGGACCCACGGUAGACCCAAGAUCUGACCUCCAUGAUCCACACUCUAAGAAACAAAGAGAAGACCAUCAACCCCUACAUUCCAGACCAAAGACUCAUACUCACACCUGUUUCCUCAGUAGCCAAGUCAGGGAACCUGAGUCCUUUGACUUCUCAUUCAUGCACCAGAAACUGGAGGGAGGCAUGGCAUCAUUGUGUGGCAUCUACUGAAAAUGCCUCUUAACAUUUUAUUCCAUGAGGCCCCUUUGACCAGUUGAAUCAUGUUGGCGUAUCAAUAAAAGUAAUGGGAAUAGCAUUAAAACAAAUGGGCAGAUACAGGACCAAGAGCAGCUGCAGUCCCCUCCUCAACCACUAAUGGCUCCCAUAACCGCGGGUUCAGAAACACAACGUUACAUUUUACUGUGAUAUUUAAAUACUUCUCUGCCGUACACAACAGAUUUGAUCUUGGUGGACAUAUUUUCUGAUGAUAAAUAUGCGAAAAAUAAAACUCUGAUACAAAACCGUAAA